CACUACUAAACCUAACUCCAAAAUCUCUUCCAUACCCAUCAACCACAUCCAACAGACUUUGCAGCUCCUCUGCUGACUCACUCAUAACCACUACGUCAUCUGCAUAAAGGAAUAUAGAAUCCUUGACCUUGAUCAACCCGGGCAACACCACUAUCAUCAUCAGCAAAUAUCCGUGUUUACUCCACUCAGCUGUCUAGUGCGUGACGGAGGGGGAUAGACAUUGUGGUAUAAGCUUAGCAGUGACAGCUCAAGGGCCCUACUAGUGACGCCUCAAGAAGGCAGGCACACUGGAUUGGCGAACAUAACGUUGUGCAUUGAGUGACAAUAAACCAGUGUCAGCGGCGACUGUCACUCACCAUUGGUCGGCUACAUUCCGCGGGAAGCAAGGUUUCUAUAUUGGCGGGGAGUCACCUGCCAUCCCAUAGGUUGGCCAGCAAAGUCGAGUCCUGCCCAGAGGCAAGAAGGUCUGGUUGGGCGUACAUAGCUGGUGGUCUAGGGAAGCUUGUCAGCACUUUGGUGAUGGCUGCCUUAAGGAGUUUGCUUUUAGUUCAAGAAGGUUGCAGUUUCAGACUCAAUGGCAUCAGUGAGCCCAGAAGAAACUGUUGAAAAUGACUCGAUGCCUAAAAACAUGGCUGCAGAGAGCAAGCUAUACAUGGAUGUGGGAGAUGACAGUGUCUCACUAAUAUAUCGAGAUGAGUAUAACAUCCACCUUCUUGGAAUGGAGAAGCUUCAUCCCUUUGAUGCCUGUAAAUGGGGAAAUGUUGUGAAGCAUCUGAAGAAGAAGCAGUGGACAAAGGAAUUAAAGGUGGUGACUCCAAAUGAAGCAACAGAAAGUGACCUGAGACUGGUGCACUCGGCAUCUUACUUACGUAGCCUCAAGUGGAGUAUAAAUGUGGCAAAAAUAACAGAGGUGGCACCAGCUGCCCUUGUACCUAAUAUUUUCCUGCAGAAGAGAGUCUUGAAGCCAUUCAGGUACCAAACAGGUGGCAGUGUGCUGGCUGGGAAGUUGGCCAUGGAGCGUGGCUGGGCCAUCAAUAUUGGAGGCGGCUUUCACCACUGCUGGGGGAAUGAGGGUGGCGGGUUCUGUGCCUAUGCAGAUAUUUCCCUCACCAUCCAUUUCGUUCUCAACAAUUACCCCUCAGUGGAGCGUGUUAUGAUCAUAGACCUUGAUGCUCAUCAGGGGAAUGGCCAUGAAAGAGACUUCAUGGGCAGGAAAGACAUCUAUAUUCUUGACGUAUACAACAAGUAUAUUUACCCCAAUGAUUCAUAUGCCAAGAAAGCCAUUCGUCGCAGGGUGGAGCUCUUUGCUUACACCCAGGACGAAGAGUACCUAGAGAAAGUCAGCACGCAUGUUGAGGGUGCCCUGAAUGAAUUCAGCCCACAGAUGGUGAUCUACAAUGCUGGGACAGACAUUAUGGAGGGAGACAGUCUAGGUCUUCUCUCAGUCACAAAGCAGGGCAUCAUUGAGAGGGAUGAGAUUGUAUUCCGCAAAGUGACCCACCGACAAGUGCCCAUCGUCAUGCUUACCAGUGGAGGCUACCAGCGCUCCACAGCUGCUGUUAUUGCCGACUCCAUAUGGAAUCUCAGUAAAAAAUCUCUAAUUAAUAUGUGAUCACUGCAUGGUGGCCUUCAGUCUUUUAACAGAAAUAGUGUGUGUGUGUGUGUAUGUGUGUGUGUGUGUGUGUGUGUGUGUGUGUGUGUGUGUGUGUGUGUGUGUGUGUGUGUUUCUGUUUGUAUGUGUGUGAGUGAGUGAUUGCAUGAGUGAGAGAUAUUCACAUCAUUGUUGCACUCAUGAUUGAUUUUUACUGUGUUGUUUUGAAUGUAUUUUCGCACAGACAUACAAGUCCUCUAAGUCCCAGUGCAUAUGGUGCAUCCUUUAAAAAUGAAGGCUGUCAUUUUCACUGUCUUGGUGUCAAAUCUGAGCAAGAGGUAUGUCUGUAAUUAAAUGUGUGCAUAUGCAUGUGUGCCUGUGUGGUCAUACAAGUUUGGAUACUUUUGUGGCAUAGAUGUUUAUUGUGCAGUUAUUUUAAAAAAGGUUUUGGAUCUUUUAAACUGACUUUUGUAUUGUGUUUACUCAGAAAUUUAUAGAAAUCAAUUAUUAGUGAACAUUUAAGUUUUUAACAAACCAGGAUCUCAUUAUAAUAUCUAAAUCUUUAGAUUAGAUACUGAUUCAAGGAAGGAAAGCUCUUCUCUAUUUCAUAAUUUUAAAAAGUUUCAAUCAUAUUGUUACUUUAAAGCUCCUUCUAAAUAUUCUUUUUUUUUUCAGCACCAUAAAUAGCAAGGUUUCCUCUCCCAAAAUAGCAGUCUGUUUUCAUUGCCUCAAAGGAUGGUCACACCCUUUCUGUCAUCCCAGGGGUGUACAGGUAGGUGCUCCUGGAAUAGACAGGGGAAGACUCAUCUAUCAAAUUACAGUGAACAGAUCGUAGUGAUAGGCAACUGAGUUUUGUGAAAUAUAUAUAUAUAUA